AUGUCAAACGACAGCAUUUUCAGUCUCUUCUUCUUCAUCACCCUCCUUGUCGCUGCUAAUGCCGAAGAUGAACACAUCUUUCUACCGAGUCAGCUGCAUGAGGAGGACUCAGUGAGUUCGUCCUCGAGUUGCACUGCAACCGACCCAAAUCUUUACUACCGCCCGGUGAUUGGAAUACUGUCGCACCCGGGCGACGGGGCCUCCGGGCGCCUUAGCAAUGUCACCGGCGUUUCAAAUAUCCCCGCCUCCUAUGUGAAAUUCGUGGAGUCCGGUGGUGCCAGAGUUAUUCCUCUUUUCUACAAUGAGUCACCGCAGAAACUUACCAAGAAACUUGAUUUGGUGAAUGGAGUGCUCUUCACUGGUGGGUGGGCUACAUCUGGUCCUUAUCUCGAAGCUCUUGAAUUCGUUUUCCAGACAGCUUUGGAGAAAAAUGAUGGUGGAGACCAUUUUCCAGUUCUUGGCCUGAACUUAGGUGGAAACUUGCUAAUAAAGAUAGUUGCUGAUCAAGCUGAUGUUCUUGAAACAUUUAAUGCAUCAAGUUUGCCAAGUUCUCUUCAAUUGUGGAAGAGUGCAAAUGAUGAAGGAAGUUUAUAUCAAAGAUUUCCUCUAGAUUUGUUGACACAGCUGAGCACAGAUUGUCUUGUCUUGCACAAUCAUAAAUAUGCCAUAACCCCACGCAAGCUUCAAUAUAAUCGCAAGUUAUCAAACUUUUUUGAAAUUUUGGCAACAUCUAAUGAUAGAGAUGACAAGAUUUUCGUUUCCACGGCACGUGGUAAGAACUAUCCUGUCACUGUUAACCUAUGGCAACCAGAGAAAAAUGCGUUUGAAUGGGGCACCUCUUUGAAAGCCCCUCGUACAGAGAAUGCAAUUCGGGUUACUCAGUCCAGUGCAAACUUUUUUGUGAGUGAAGCAAGGAAAUCCUCAAACAGACCUUAUGCUCAAGAAGUGCGAGACAAUCUCAUUUACAACUAUCAACCCACUUAUGGUGGAACUGCUGGGAAAGGGUAUGAUCAAGUGUAUCUCUUUGAAUGA